AUGGCUGGUGAGUUACUCGCAAAACAAAAUUCUCGUGCUCAGAGAGUCUGCAGUUUCCUGUUCGAUAUUUUCCUUGGACCGAACUAUAACCACGCUCCUCCAAGCGUCAAGUACAUGACGGCUAACGGUGGGAAGUAUCGGUUCAACCCUAAUCUCUAUGCAGAUGGCAAAGUCUGCCCGUCUCUUCUUGGCACAUGGUCUGUACCAGGGUGUGUCUCUGGAAAGUCGACACUGCUACAAGUCCAUAUAUCCAUUCAGUCCAUGACCCUUUGCGAAGAGCCUUAUCUCAACGAGCCUGGAUGGGCGAACGACGGUGCUACUCCCCAGUCGGGCAAUCAGAUGCUCGGUAACCUCAAGAACCCUCCAGAGCCCUUCGGCGACGUGAUCCGUACGCACUACCGCCUCAAAUCGCAAGCCAUCAUUACGCAGUUGGACGAAUGGCUCGUGUUAGACGAUGGUAAAGCAACUGCCGGCGAUUUGUUCUCCACAAGGCAGGAUUCGUCGGCGAUAUGGUGCAGGGAUGGCUUCGACACACUGUGUGCACAAUGUUUCUUGGCCAUCCAUCGGGGUUUAACCGUCCUUUACCUUGGUCAACGUGCAACGCUCGCAUAUGCUGUGGUUCGCCCGCGGGUUUGGGGAAAGUUACGUGCACGGGUUGCAAGGGGAGAGACAAUUACUUUAGUAGGCAAAGAUGGAGUGGAGAGAAGUGUUGGACCGAGUGAUGUUGUAGGUGCCAGUGAGGAUCCUGGGGUACGUUUCUUUUUCGCGGUCGUAUUGAUUCUGGACACACCUCUCGAGAUAUUGGGGCAAGGCGCAGGAGAAGAAAGAUCGCGAACUGAGGGUUGUCUUUCGUCUUUGUGGUAUUUGAGCAUGAGCGGUGUAAAAGGUUUCAAGGACGAUGUACAUCAUAUCGUUGCAUCUAGAGACCAUGUGUCAGAUCCGAUCACAUUUACUAGCGCGGCGUUCAACCAGCCGAGGCCCAGCCAGCUGGAUAGCGACAUUUUUCCUGUGCCUAAAUAUUCUCUGAAGGCUUAG